UAAUAACUAUUCCGGUUGGUGGACUUCAUCGUCGACCUCGGGAUCGGAUUUGUUCGAACCCUAGGGGGGGUGGGAACCCGCUGUAAUGGCAAUGGGCGACGUCCACCAGCUCCAGCUUUGGUGGAGGCGGCGAUGGGGCACGGAGCGCCGCGCCACCGUCGCCUGGGUGUUCGCCGCCCUCUUCAUCGUCCUCUUCCUCGCCGCCGGCUCUCGGCUCGGUGACACUGCUCUCGGGGGUACGGGGACCCUGGCCCGUUCGUCCUCGGAUCCAGCCCUCGUCGAUCUCACCCUCGUUCGUGACGCCGAGGAGAAAGGCGCCGUGUGUUUGGAUGGGAGCCCACCCGGGUAUCAUCUACAGAGGGGGUUUGGCUCUGGCGUGGACAGCUGGCUUGUGCACUUGGAGGGUGGAGGCUGGUGUAGUUCUUUGGAAUCAUGCUCUUUGCGCAAAUCCACACCAGUAGGUUCAUCACACCACAUGGAACGUCAGGUUCCCUUUGUUGGCAUUUUGAGCAACAUCCCAUCACAAAAUCCUGAUUUCCAUAACUGGAACAAAGUUAAGGUGCGGUACUGCGAUGGUGCAUCAUAUUCUGGGGAGGGAGAAAGUGAAACCCAGGAUGGAACGAAACUUUUCUUUAGAGGUCAACGGAUUUGGAAAGCAAUUAUGGGUGAACUCUUACAGAAAGGACUUGCAAAUGCUAAACAGGCACUUCUUACAGGAUGUUCUGCUGGAGGUCUUGCCACUUUCAUCCAUUGUGAUGAAUUUCGUGAACUUCUCCCUAAGGAGAUCACUGUUAAAUGUUUUGCAGAUGCUGGUUUUUUUCUCAACGAAAAGGAUAUAUCUGGAAAAAGUUACAUUCAGUCAUUCUACAGCAAUGUGGUCCGCCUUCAGGAUGUAGGAAAAAAAUUUCCAGAUUGCAUCUCAAGGAUGGAACCAUCUCAGUGUUUCUUCGCAGAAGAGAUUAUUAAGAAUGUGAAGACUCCACUUUUCAUCCUCAACCCAGCCUAUGACUCUUGGCAGAUACAAAACAUUUUUGUACCAGCCUCAUCUGAUCCCCAACAAUCAUGGCAGCGAUGCAAGCUGAACAUUCACAAUUGUGAUUCCAACCAGAUAAAGUCGCUGCAAGGAUUUAGGUAUGCCUUGCUGAAUGCCCUGAGUGAGUUUAAGAAGAACAAUAACGGAGGCAUGUUUAUAAAUUCCUGCUUUGUGCACUGUCAGACAAUUUACAAUUUCACUUGGCAUUCAUCAAAUUCUCCACGAGUUAACAAUAAGACACUUGCAGAGGCUGUAGGCGACUGGUACUUCGGGAGAGCUAAAGUCCAAGAAAUCGACUGCGCUUAUCCCUGCAAUCCUACGUGCCACCAUUUGAACCUUAUGCAACCUUACAGAAUGUAAGAAGGGUGUGGGGUUAUCCUGGCUUCUCUGUUCUCCUUUUGCUUAUGGAGAUUUAAACUCGAGACAUGAUUGUUCAAUGCUUCCUUUUUUUUUGUUUUGUAUGUUAAUUCAGAUUCAUGAGGGUGCUGUAAGAUGGUGAUAGAACAAUAUUUCUAUGCAUGAUGGAUUUUGACCUUACUCCAUUACUCGGAGCAA